UCCUCACACAAGACUCCUCUCAGCCUUCUCUCCUUCUUUUUCUUCUCUCUAUCACAUGUCCCUUUUCUCUCUCUAGAAAAACCAAACAUCAAUUUGGAUAUUUAUAUGUAUUUGUAUUGAAGAUUGUUUGGUGAAUGAAUUUGCAUUUCUCUAAAUCACAACCAAAAUUUAACACAAUUCAAUUAAUAGUAAUAGAUAAGAGAGCUUCUCUGGUUGCAUAGAGGAGGAUGGGCAUGCCUCCUCUCAUCAGAUCUUAGUUUUUUCACAGAUUUGGGCAUCUGGGUCUGCUUUGAUUGGUUGAUGCUUAAUUUCGGGUUUGUUGAUUGAUCGACGAAGGAUCUGUUGAUUAUAAAUUGAAUCAGAAGAUAUUUGUUUUGUAACUGAAUUUAUAUUAAUUGCGUUUCACGUUGUAAGAAAAAAUGCAAUCAGAUAAUGGCAAGCUAUUUGUUGGUGGAAUAUCUUGGGACACCAAUGAGGAGCGCCUCAAGGAGUAUUUUGGUAAUUAUGGGGAGGUGAUCGAGGCAGUGAUUAUGAAGGAUCGGAACACAGGGCGUGCUCGUGGAUUCGGUUUUGUUGUUUUUGCUGACCCAGCUGUUGCUGAGAUUGUCAUACAGGAAAAGCACAACAUUGAUGGAAGGAUGGUUGAGGCAAAAAAGGCUGUUCCUAGGGAUGACCAGAACAUGUUGAGUAGAAACAGUAGCAGCGUUCAUGGUUCUCCUGGUCCAGGUCGCACAAGAAAGAUUUUUGUUGGAGGUUUAGCAUCCACAGUUACAGAGAACGACUUUAAGAAGUACUUUGAUCAGUUUGGGACUAUUACUGAUGUUGUGGUGAUGUAUGAUCACAACACUCAGAGGCCGAGAGGCUUUGGAUUCAUCACGUAUGAUUCAGAGGAGGCAGUGGACAAGGUGUUGCAUAAGACUUUUCAUGAAUUGAAUGGUAAAAUGGUUGAGGUUAAGCGAGCAGUUCCUAAAGAAUUAUCACCUGGUCCCACUCGCAGCCCACUAGGUGGAUAUCACUAUGGUCUGACUCGGGUUAAUGGCUUGUUUAAUGGCUACACUCAGGGAUAUACUCCUAGUACAGUUGGGGGCUAUGGACUUAGGAUGGAUGGUAGAUUCAGUCCAGUUGCUGGUGGACGAAGUGGGUUUCCUCCAUUUGGUUCUGGUUAUGGAAUGGGUAUGAAUUUUGAGCCAGGCUUGAGCCCAAGUUUUGGAGCUAGUGGAAAUUUUAAUAGUAAUAUCAGUUAUGGAAGGGGUUUGAGCCCAUAUUAUAUUGGAAAUACAAAUAGGUUUGCUAGUCCCCUUGGAUAUGAAGGAGGCAAUGGAGGAAAUUCCUCUUUUUUCAGUUCAGUGACAAGAAAUUUGUGGGGGAAUGGGGCCCUUAAUUAUAACACAAAUUCUCCAAGUUCCAAUGCAUAUGUGGGAUCUGGAAGUGGAAGUAUUGGAGGAAGUAGCUUUGGCAAUAGUGGAGUCAAUUGGGGCUCUUCAGCAAUUUCUGCUCAAGGUGGAGGGAAUAACGUUUCUAACAGUAAUGUGAAUUUUGGGUAUGGAGGUGGUGAUAGCAAUUUUGGGCUGGGGACAGGAGGAUAUGCAAGAAAUGCUGGAACUACUUUGGCCCAAACAUCAUCAUAUGCAUCAUCAAAUGGUGGCUAUGAUACAGUCUUGGCGGACCUUUACGGUGGUGGUUCAGUUUAUGGAGAUCCAACAUGGAGAUCAUCUUCAUCUGAGCGAGAUGGUUCUGGUUCAUUUGCUUAUGGGUUUGGUGGUGCUACUUCUGAUGUUUCUGCUAAAAAUUCUCCGGGUUUUGUUGGUGCUUAUAGUGUUAAUAAGAGACAGUCAAAUAGAGGAAUUGCUACCUAGGGAGGAACAAUUUGGUCAUCACGACACUAUAGGUGAAAGAUAUUGCUGUGAAGCAGGUGAAUUGUGAAUUUCCCACAUCCUCUUCGUUAAUAUGUUUCAGUUAGAAGAAAAUUGGUCAUCUAGAGCUAACUGGUGUGUCUGUUUUGAAGAAUUAAAUUUAGAGAUAGAAGUUACAAGGGAUUUUGUGUUAAGGCUUGAGUUUUGAAUUAUAGAAGUUACAAGGGAUUUUGUGUUAAGGCUUGAGCAUUGAGUUACCAUUUUAGGUUUUUAGUUUUUGGUAUUUGAGUGAGAUGUAAAAUCAGAUUGCGGCAUAUAGUCAGAAAUGUAUUAUGCAUCUCCGGUGAGGCAGCAAUACGUAACGAUAUAGACUAUUUUUUUUUUUUUUUUUCCUUAGAUUCUUAUGCUCUGUAUUGGCUCUGGCAAAGUUGUGGAUUUUUGUCAGAUAUGCUUUUUUUUUUUUUUUACAUUGUCCCAUUAUUUGGGUUUGUUUCUCAGUAGAUUGUACCUGAGGUUCUUGUUGAUUGACUAGUGUGAAACAUUAAAGGGAUACCCAUCUAGGGUCCAUCUGAAUAA